ACCGCUAAGCCUCACCGUGCUGACGGGCUGACGGCUCAACGUAUAGCGCAAUCAAGAUAUCUCGUAACGGAUAUUGAGUCGAUAAGAUAUAUUGAAGACUAACAAUCAUAUAACAGAGCAGUUAAGAUGAUAGAAAACUGCACAAUAAGCACCUAUGCGGACUAGCAAUGCGGAAAAACGUGUCUGUCCUCAUGAAGAAGUUCUGCAAUGAUAAUUGGAUGAGUUCGCCUUGUGGCUUGCAUCCGAUCACGAUCUCUAUGGUCAGCUUAGCUUUUAGGGCUGAAUUGGACUAGAUGGUAGGCAGGCAAAGAAAGAAGAACAAAGAUUGAGUCCGUAUUUCCCCCAUUGGUAGAAUAGGUUGUCAUUGACUACCUUAGGACUUUUGAUAUCUCGUAUUUGAGUAAGAUCGAUGCAAUCGUGGACGAAUUGGAAGGUGCAGUCAGUUAUAGGAUUACCUCGUAACGGAAUUGCCUCCAAGUAUAAAGAUGUAGUUCCCUUCCGAUGCUGUAUGGGAAUAUGAUCCCAACUCAACACCAGACAUUCUACCAAGAUACCAAAUCAACAACUCGCCCAUAAGAACAUAUACUCUUGAAAUUCAAUCAUGAAGUUCUCAAGCGCAAUUCUCUUCGGCAUCGGCCUUGUUGCUAGCUCUUCAGCUCACCCCCUCGAGGAACGUGAUGUCCAGGUCGCACAUCUCACUUUCCACGGAGGCCCGGCCUCAUAUGAUCUUGCUGUGCCAGCUGAUGGCUCGGUAGUCAACACGAACAAUGACAUUUCCGUUAGCAUCAUUGAUGCCCCGGACUACGACGCCAUAACCCAGUGUACCUUCAACACUGCGAGUGAGAAGACACUCGUUAGCAGCAUCGACACUCAGACUGGUCUCCAGUCCAUCAUUGUUGGGCCUCCCCAGCCUAUCAUUAGCGUUAGCUGCAACGGCGCGUGCACUCCGACGUAUGGGGUUUGCUUCGACGGCGGCAAAUACCUCGCUCCUUGCUGCAAUGGGUUUUGCGCUGCUACUAGGUGCCGCCCAUGGAACAUCACUAGCACAGGAGCUUAGAUGUUCUAGUACAGAUUAGUGCGAGACACACGAUGUAAUUUACGAAUGGGUUGAAAUAGUGUUGGCUUGGGAUGGCGGAGUGAACUUCUCUUUGGUAGCCACGGUAGCAUAGUAAUGAGCUCAACCUCUUCAAAACUUGGCCCAAACCAUGUAUAAGAUAGGUAGGCACUUGGACACUUAGUGCCCACAAUGCCGCGUUUGUAGACAAAUAUGGUGACAUCGUGACAUUUCUGUAUCUUCCAAGAAACGCAAAACUUUCUUAAAGAUAUCUUCGCGUGUUCUCGCCCCAUAAGCCAUGCUACGUCUCUGGACGAAUAAUUAUCGCCCGUGGCCUAUCGUGCCUUCUCACCUUACUAUAUUCCCAUUAGAUCGAGAUAUAGAUACUCACCCCUUAAUAG